CACUCUCUGAUUAAUGUUCUCCAAGCUAUUAGUUCCAGUCUUGUUUGCACAGUGUGAGUACUGAAGCAAUACAGACAGCAAAAUAAAAAAAAAAGUAAAGGUAGUGUGUUGGUGGUUUGGAGCUUGCUGAUGCCAUGUCUACAUGUCUACAAUGAGUGACACAGAUGAUGUGCAAGACCUAGAGAUGCAAGUGCUCCAGAUCAAGUAUGACAACCCCUCUUCUAAUGACCGAAGCAGCAAACUUUACAUAGCUGUGGAGAACACAGAGGAAGACGAUGAGGAUCGGGAAAUGUCAACUCGUUAUUUUGAAAUGAAACAGAAACGUGGACGGCUGGCUGUUAAACAAACAAUGGAUUUCUCCUGUAGCCCACAAGAGGGUAGGCAGACACAGAGGAAUGCUGCCAACGCCCGGGAGAGGGCACGGAUGAGGGUGCUCAGUAAAGCUUUCUCCCGGCUCAAGACUAGCCUACCCUGGGUUCCGCCGGACACGAAACUUUCUAAACUGGAUACUUUGCGACUGGCAUCCAGCUACAUUGCACAUCUUCGUCAGUUGCUCCAGGAGGACAGAUAUGAAAGUGGAUAUCUGCAUCCUGUCACGCUGACUUGGCCAUUUGUUGUUUCUGGAAGAUCUGAAUCAGAUACCAAAGAUGUUUUAUCCCCGAACAGAUUGUGUGGGACUACAGCCUGAUGGGAUUGGUAUUAAAUAGUGUAGCAUUCACUGUACAUUUGUUUGGUGUGAUGAAGCAAAUUAAUGUACACGGGCAAGGAUAGAACUAAGCUUGAGGAAAGACUGUUAUGAACAAAACCAGCAAAAUAGCACUUAAUAAUAAUUCUAGACCUUUGAAGAAAAUGGCAACUUAAAUGCUAUUGGGCUUUAAGUUUUGUUUGCUUUGUCCCAAACAAGAUGACUGCAAGAAGUUUGAAACAGAUGCAACUACUUAUAAAUUAACUCACUACUGAUUUUAAAACUUUUUUUUUUCAAAUGUGCCAAAAAGUCUCCUUUGGGUGAUGAAGAAGUCAGAAACCGAAGAGAUGUGACAAAACAACACCCAGCCUUAAAAGCUCUGAAAAUUGUACCCGGUGCAGAUAUUGAAUACUUCAUAUAAAAUGUCAUAAUGAACUUUCACUGACUACCACAGUCAGCCAAAAUGAACACUUGUGCAGAAAACUCUUCUGUUUAACAUUGUGCUGUAGUUAAUAUAUGGUUGUUGGCUGAAUUAAGCUAGUUUUAUGCUGGGGAGGGGGCUGCAAUUGAAAAGAAUGGGGUGUUGUAGAACAGGUGUGGGGGUGUCACAACAGUAAAUUAAUAUUUUUUUUAAGUAUGAGAAUUGUCAGUAUGUCAUCUCUGGUUAAUGUUGGUACACAUAGAAUAAGAAGUGCAGAUUGCAGAAGAUAGUCAUAAAUGCAGAAUAAUGAACUUUUUUUGAAUGGCCCUGAUAUUAUGGCCAUAAUCUAUGAGAUACUUGGAUGUACCUAAAAGCUAUAUUUCAGGAUCAGGCCUGAGCUCUUAGGUCAUUAUUUCAGUUCAGUCAGAUACGCUGAAUAACAUUCAGUUCACUAACAACAACUUAAGAAACGUAAGAAUUGUGUUGAUGAAAUAAUCUGUUUUACAUUUCAAACCAGUAUUCUAUUACCACUCUUGUUGUAGUUAGUUAUGAGACUGUAUUGAAUGGCUAUAGGGGAUAAACUGGAAGAGAGGGAUUUAAUGAUAACAUCUCUCCUGUAUGGACAGAUGAAAUAGCUGGGAUUGAAAACUGCUUUAUUGCCAGAAAGAAGUGACUUGACAAACGCUGGGGUCCACAGUAGUAAUGUAACUGACUUGCACUUGUCAUAAUUGCAUUUUAGUAAAUUAGUUUGUAACAAGUGUUUUGAAGGUUUAACCUUUUAUAGUCAGCAAAUGUACAGACUUGAAUAAAACAUGCUCUGCUAAAUACAUCUA